GCAAAUCUACCACACUGUGUAGUUAUCCAGCCCUCCAGGACCUGCUUUAGAUCAAACAUCCAGGAUUAGCCAAACCGCUCCAAAUUCAAAACAAGGUUUAAACUGGGCUGGUAAAAAAAUAUCGCCAAUCCAACGGCAAGUCUUAAACUAGAAAGACAUACAGGUGAAAAGAUAAUAGACUUUGUCCCCUCUCUUGCCCUGGGGUCCCUGCAUUGGGGUCUCGCUAAGCUGGCCCGGGGCCUGAUGUUUUACAAUGAUAGCAACCUCCGCCUCCUGACUGGAGCUUUAUCUCAUUAGCAUCCAGAGGUUUAUCUUGACAAGUUUAGUGCCCUAAAAAGCAACAUGAUUCAGUCAUGCCAUUGUGUUUCCUAGUGUGUGUUUGCAUGUGUUCUCACAGAAUGUGUCAAUCAAGUGAUGGCUGCGUGGGGCUACAUGGGGCCAGAAGACGUUGGCUUUUUCAGUUUCAUAUGGGUUAUGCUGAAACUCUGCUUCCACCAGUUCAUGAGGACCAGCAGCAAUGGCAGAGCUUUCGUUUGGUCCACUGCUCUGAACGUUAACACCAACGCCAGCACCACAGCAGACUGUCAGGCCUAUGCCGAGCUCAUGAAGGAACAGAACCAGCAGGGCUACUGGCAGGAGACGGGGCGAUGGGUAGGCUACGAGGAGAAUUACGACCUGGAGGCCAGGCACUGGGGGCCGUCCCACAUAUCCUACCUCACCUUCAAGAGCCUAGUGCAGCUCCGAAGGACCAUGAACACUGGGGUGGUGAUGCUGGACAGGGAGGAGCGCUCGUUCUCCAGUAUUGCUGAGAAGAUUGUGGAAGAGAUGGUCAGUAAGAAGGAGAUUCAGUCGGGUGACCGGGAAGGGGUGCUUCGAGCCCUAAUGCAGAACUGCAGCCAGUCAGCAGAGACCCAGACACUGACCUCACCACUGGAAAUGCAGACGGUUGCAGAGAAGAGAGAUGCAUCUGAUAGAGUAGAGGCCUCCAUGGUGCUUGUAGGUGCACUGGACUUUCUGGAGAAGCCAACAGUAGCAUUUGUGCGUCUGAAGGAGGCGGUGGUCCUCGGGUCUGCACUGGAGACUCCAGUUCCUGUCCGCUUCCUCUUCGUGCUGGUGGGCCCUGCCAAGGGCGACAUGGACUACCAUGAGAGUGGCCGCGCCAUGGCCGCCCUGCUGGCAGAUAAAGUCUUUAACCAGGCAGCCUUUCAGGCUCAGAAUGACAGAGAGCUGAUCGAUGCCAUGGCCGACUUCAUGGACUGCAGCAUUGUGAUCCCACCCACUGAGAUCCAGAAUGAGGCCAUGCUUGCACCAAUCAUUGGUUUCCAGAAGAAGCUCCUGCAGGAAAGGCUCCGCCCUUCUGACCCUCAGCUGCGCAUUGACAUCAAGCCACGCAAACCCUCCAUUGCAAGACCCCCUCCACCAGAAGAUCCAUUGGUGCGUACUGGUGUCCUGUUUGGAGGCAUGGUCAGGGAUUUCAAAAGACGGUACCAGCACUACAAAAGUGACAUCACAGACGCCAUGAACGCACAAGUUCUCGCUGCUGUCAUCUUUAUCUACUUUGCUGCCCUUUCUCCUGCCAUCACUUUUGGAGGCCUGUUAGCUGACAAAGUGGACAAUAUGAUUGGCGUGUCUGAGCUGAUGCUGUCCACAGCAGUUCUUGGGGUCAUCUUCUGUCUCGUGGCUGCCCAGCCGGUUCUCGUCAUUGGCUUCUCAGGGCCUCUGCUGGUGUUUGAAGAGGCAUUCUAUGCGUUCUGUAAGUCCCAGGACAUUGAGUACAUCGUGGGGAGAGUGUGGGUGGGUGUGUGGCUCAUCAUCAUUGUGGUGGUGAUUGUGGCAGUGGAAGGAAGCUUUUUGGUGCGCUUCAUCUCCCGCUUCACUCAGGAGAUCUUCUCCAUCCUCAUCUCCCUCAUUUUCAUCUACGAGACCUUCUCUAAACUCGGCAAGAUUUUCAAGGCGCAUCCUCUCAUCCUCAACUAUGAUCACCUGAACAACACAGUGGAGGACCCAUGGCACCCAGUCGCCAAAACCAUUGUAGAUAAUUCAACAGGCAACGUGACCAUUAGGACUGUCAUCCACGAACGCGCCUAUCCCAACACCGCCCUGCUCUCCAUGUGUCUGAUGUUCGGCUGCUUCGCCAUCGCUUACUACCUGCGCAUCUUCAAGAAUGGCUACUUCCUGCCUGGCAAGCUCCGUCGCCUGAUGGGCGAUUUUGGCGUCCCCAUCGCUAUCUUCCUCAUGGUCGCAGUGGACAUCAACCUUGAGGACACCUACACCCAGAAACUGGUGGUGCCUAAGGGCCUGCAGGUGUCCAACCCUGCAAUGCGGGGGUGGCUCAUCAACCCCAUGGGCGAACACAAGUCCUUCCCUGUCUGGAUGAUGUUCGCCUGUGUCGUGCCUGCAGUACUGGUCUUUAUCCUCAUCUUCCUGGAGUCGCAAAUCACCACGCUAAUAGUUAGUAAACCAGAGAGGAAAAUGGCAAAAGGGUCUGGCUUCCAUUUUGACCUUCUGAUUUUGGUCAGCUUGGGGGGAUGUGCUGCAUUAUUUGGGAUGCCUUGGCUCAGCGCGGCUACGGUCCGGUCGGUAACUCAUGCCAAUGCACUGACUGUGAUGAGCAAAGGGCCCAAGCCGGAGAUUGAGAAAGUUCUGGAGCAGAGGGUCAGUGGCGUGUUGGUCGCCCUGUUAGUAGGCCUCUCCAUCCUCAUGGAACCUAUCCUAAAGAUGAUUCCCAUGGCAGCUCUGUUUGGAAUCUUCCUCUACAUGGGGAUCACAUCUCUCAGCGGGAUUCAGCUGUGGGAUCGCUUUCUGCUCCUCCUAGUUCCCAAAAAGUACCAUCCCAAUGAACCAUACGCUACAAAAGUAAAGACAAACAGGAUGCACUUGUACACAGCCAUUCAGCUGGUGUGCCUGGCCGUCUUGUGGAUUGUGAAGUCCAGUCCUUUCUCCCUGGCCCUGCCCUUCAUCCUCAUCCUCACCAUCCCUCUGCGCAUGGUCAUGACUGGCCGCAUCUUCACUGAAUUUGAGAUGAAAUGCCUGGAUGCUGAUGAUGCCAAAGUGACAUUUGAGGAAGAACCUGGAGUGGAUAUGUACUCAGAGACACGGAUGCCUUCGUAGACGUGUUAAACCGAAGUCUUCCAUCCUGCACUGACUUGAUAUAAAUUUUUGAUGGUUGAUAUAUACGAUAUUUAUUGAAUAUUUUAGAUCAUCUCUUAUAGUAUUUUGUCACCAUCUGCCUUCCAUUCUUUAUGUAUUUAAUGUGCAAUUGCUUUUACUUAAAUUAUAUUUGCAUAACUAUUUUCAGAAGUCAAACACUGGACAAAAUGUAUCUUCAGUGAGUUUAUUCUGCAAGGUUGUGUACAAUGUGUAUCCACAGGUGACCUGAUACACAUUUUAAUCCAGUUACUUCCAUAAGCACAUGCUGUAGCUGGUGUAGUUGAGUAGGUAAUAACUUGACGCUUCCUGUGGUAGACUAGGGUUUGAUUCUCUGGUUGGCUAAGCACACCAAAGUUCACAAAUAAGAGUGCCUGCACAAAGCUUCUGAAGGCUCAAUUAUACUCAUUUCACAUACAGAAAUGAAUACGUAGUACAUAAUACUGUCACUGCCCACAUGCUUCUAUGCAUUCUUUAUGUUGGCAGCUCAAAAAAGUCAACAAAAAAACAUUUUAAUAAUAACAAAAAAAACAAAUAAUAAUCCGUACAUAAUAAAAAAAUAAUCCGUACAUAUCAUUGAGCAUAAAUGAGCCUUAACUCUACAUUCCUCCCCCUGUGUAACUUGAUUUAAAUGUAAGCUGCUGUGGAGAAAGUGCCAACCAAAUGCUGUAAAUGUGGAUUUACCGAUUCAUAGAAAAGCUCUAGAAAAACAGCCAAGAUAUAUUAAUGUUCUGAAGUCUUAUGUCACUCUGACAGUUAAAUUUUGCUUUUGAGUGUUACUCUCUAUAUGUAUAUGUGUCAUAUAGCCUUGCAGUGCCUUGUAAUGUUCACAGCACUUUCGUACACUGCAUUAUUAAACAAUGUUGAAGUUAUUUAA